AAAAGCAGAGGAACUCUGACUCUCAGCUGAGCCUAAUUAAGUUAAUCAAAUUUAAUGGCGAACGGAAGGGGUGGCAGAAGCCUAAUGGGACCAUUCUUGGUCAUAAACUUCGUAGUUUAUUUAAUAAUACUAGGACUUGCUGCCUGGUCACUUGACAAAUACAUAGAUGGCGAACAAAAUCACCCCCAUUUAGGUGGGAAUACAUCGACAAGUUUUAUGUUGAUAUUUGCAUUGAUUGGUGGAGUCAUGGGUGCUUCCUCUAUGCUAGCUGGGUUUGUUCAUCUCAGAAAAUGGAAUACUCAAAGUUUGGCUAGUGCUGCUUCUUCAGCUAUCAUCUCUUGGGCCAUUACUGCUCUUGCUUUUGGUCUAGUUUGCAAGCAGAUAAUAAUGGGAGGGCACAGAGGAAAACGCCUGCAAACUUUGGAAGCCUUGAUUACCAUAGCAAUGGUGAGUCAAUUACUGUAUAUACUGUUGCUGCACGCUGGCAUUUUCCGCAACAGGUACGGACCUGUUUAUGGUUCCUAUGGGCCUCAGCACUAGCUUUCUCCAGCCCCUUCCUUUGUCUGGCUCUGAAAUUGCUCGAUUCAGUUACACUGAUAAUGUACACUUUGGAGUCGGUAUAUAUAAAUUAAAUCCAUAGAAAUAGCUAAUGGAAGUAGAUGUUAGUCUGGUUUCUGGGAUGGCUCAGCUACCAUUCUUCUUCUUCUUUUAGUAUAGUUUAUAAGGAUAUUUAUUUGUUUUUUAGAGAAUUUUCCACUAUGCGGAUUAGACUCAAAAUGAUGUACUUUGUACGGUCAAUAUCUGAGGUAAACUUGGACAUUGUAUGCCUAAUAUCUGGGGAAAAGUAUGCUUGCUUUUCA